AUUUGAUACUAGACCUAGCUAGAAUCACAACUCUUCUCCCAUUAUUAACUAUGGACACCAUCCGCUCCUUUAAGGGCUAUGGUAAGCUCGAUCCUGCUGAAGAACAAGCAUUCCGUCGCAAAACCCGCAAACGUAUCCUCAUCCUCAUCCUCUCUCUCCUCCUCCUCCUCGCCCUCAUCAUCGGAGCCGUCACCGCCACCCUCCUUCACAAACGCAACAACCAUAAAGAUGCCUCCCCCUCCUCCUCCUCCUCCGCCCAAUCCAUCAAGGCCGUCUGUAGCCAGACUCUCUAUCCUGAUUCUUGCUACUCCUCCAUCUCCCAACUCGAUCAAUCCAACUCCACCGACCCUGAACAUCUCCUCAAACUCUCUCUGCAAGUCGUUUUCAAUUCCCUCUCCGCCUUAUCCUCUUCCUUCCCUCACUCUUUCAUCAAAUCAACCACCAAUGACACCCUCAAACAAGCUUUGCAAGUUUGCGCCACCCUUUUAGACGACGCCCUUGAUUAUCUUCGUGAUUCCAUCUCCACCAUGGAUCUCAAAUCCGCUGAUGAUAAGUUGCUCACCCUUACCAAAAUCGAAGACCUCAAAACAUGGCUCAGCACUGCUCUCACCAAUCAAGAUACCUGUUUGGACGCUCUGCAAGAAAUCGAUCCUUCUUCGACUUUACUUGCAGACACCAAGUCUCUGAUGCAGAAUUCCACACACUAUGCCAGCAACAGUUUGGCUAUUGUUUCCAAGAUCUCUGGGAUUUUGAGGAAAUUAAACCUCCCGAUGCACAGAAAGUUGUUGGGGGAGUUUCCGGAAUGGGUGUCUCCUGGUGUCCGGAGGUUGCUUCAAGUGGGCCGACCCACGCCCAACGUCACGGUGGCCGCCGACGGCACCGGAGAUGUUACCACCAUUAAAGAAGCAAUGGCAAGGGUACCAAAGAAGAGCAAGACAAUGUUCAUAAUACACAUCAAGGAAGGCGUGUAUCUGGAGAAUGUUGUUUUGGAUAAAUCCUUCUGGAAUGUCAUGAUCUACGGCGACGGCAAAGAUAAAUCCAUCGUCUCCGCCAGACUGAAUUUCAUCGAUGGCAUCCCAACUUUUUCCACCGCCACUUUCGCUGUCGCUGGAAGAGGGUUCGUUGCAAUAGACAUGGGAUUCAAGAACACGGCGGGUGCAGAAAAGCACCAGGCAGUGGCUUUCCGAUCUGGUUCAGAUUUCUCGGUGUUGUACAGAUGUUCGUUUGAUGCGUUUCAAGACACCCUCUAUCCCCAUUCCAACCGUCAGUUCUAUCGUGAUUGUGACGUCACUGGAACCAUCGAUUUCAUAUUUGGAAAUGCAGCCGUCGUCUUCCAGAACUGCAAGAUUAUGCCACGCCAACCAUUACCAAGGCAAUUCGUCACCAUCACGGCUCAGGGAAAGAAAGAUCCGAAUCAAAACACGGGUAUUUCCAUCCAAAAAUGUGACAUUUCCCCUUUUGACAACCUCACGGCUCCAACAUACCUUGGCCGGCCAUGGAAGGACUUCUCCACCACCGUCAUUAUGCAGUCGAAUAUUGGAAGCUUUCUGCACCCGUCGGGCUGGAUUUCAUGGGUGCAGGGUGUUGACCCACCUAAGUCCAUAUUGUAUGGUGAGUAUCUCAACACCGGGGCAGGUGCUGCUGUAGACAAACGGGUGACAUGGGAUGGGUAUAAGGCCAUCCUAACAGACAGCGAGGCCGGGAGGUUCACGGUCGACUCCUUCAUCGAAGGUGCUAUGUGGCUACCGCAAAAAAAUGUCAUAUUUGAGUCAACUUUAUGAUGGAUUUUACAAUGGCCAGUCGUUUUUCUAACAGGGUUACAAUUAUUGUAAUAUGAUUUUAUUGUUUGUACGUUUGACCAAAUAUUUAUGGUAACAUCACCUAUAUAUGCA